GGUAAUUUUAAUUGAUUUUGGGAAGAAUCAAAAAGGAGGAUCUCCAAUUUUAGUGUCUUUUCUUGGGGGGUUUUUCAUAGCCAACCUCUAUUUCUCUCUCCUCUUCCUUGCCAACCAAAAUUUUCAGGGUGCUGCCGGAUCUUUGAUAAUUCUCGUAUACCCAGAAACUUAAAAGAGAUUCUUAGGGUUUCCAUUUGAUGCUUACUGUUGAUUUCAGUUGAUUGAGAUCAUUUGGUGCUAUUGAAUUCGUUUUGUUUUGUUUUUUCUUUGAUGGGUUUUGAUUUGUUUUUUGGUUUGAUGAUACUGCUCUAUUCAUCCAAGUUAAGCUGAUAUCAAUCAAAUAAAGGGUGUUAAGGAUUUGCUCAUUUGAUUUCAUAUAAAGAGUUCUAUUUGGAUUUUCAAGUUCUGGGUUUCUAUUUGAUUGUAGCUUUAUAAUAGUGAGGUCAAUACGAAGUAUUGGGAUUUGGGGAAACGUUAUUUGGAUAGUUAUCUCAUUGUUGAGUGUUGUGUUUCAAUUUUGAUAUGGUGCUUCCUUUUGAUUGUUUAUAACUGAUUAGUUGAUCGGUCGUUUGCAAAGUAGAAGAGUUAAACUAAUUCCAAAGAGAAGAUGGAAAAUGAUGUAGGAAAGGAGACCUUGAGUUUGAAGGUAGAGAUUAAAGACGAAAACCAUGUUUCCGAAAUGGAAAUUGAUUAUAGUGGUACUGAGAGUCCUAUAUUUGAGAUUGAGAGCAAAUUCUCGGAGUUAGGCGAGGGAAGUAAUGUUGUAUUUACAAGAGAAGGCCCGCUCUAUAUUGAGGAUGCGAGCAUAUCCAAGGUUGGUUGUUGUAAUGCUAAGAAGCAGAAAUCGAAAGUAGUGACAAUAAGUUCUCAUGUGGGGAAGAAAGGAAAUGUGGGAAACGAGAAGAAGCUCAGUAGACAAGGUAGGAUUGAGCUAGGAAAACAUUUUCAGAGUGCUGUGAGUUCUCAUGAUUGGUAUCUAGCAGAAAAUUUGAUAUUGUUCGCAGAUCUGGCAACUCUGAAUGAUUUCCUUUGCAUCUCAUUGGAUUCUGUAUGGUUCCUUGCAACACAUGAGGAUUUACAUGGCAUAACGGGACUUAUAAAGAAGAUAAUAGCUAAUGGGGCCUUUGACUUCACAAGAGCAGCUCUUCGGACUUCAUUUCUAGCAUCUUGUGUGUCUGCUUGUCAAAGCCGAACAAUGGACCUAACUGAUACGGUUACUGUCAUGGCACAAAGGUUACACGAGAGACUUCAGGAAUGUAAUGGUGAUGAUGUGUUGAAGGCGGAGGCUGGCGCCAAAGUCCAAAAGUUUACUGAAUGGGCUUUGAAAUGCAUUGGUUUUCAUUCUCGCUAUGAUGAGAACAAGGAGAAGAUGCACCGCGACACCACUGCUGAGAUCCAGCUUCAGUUGUCUGCCUUUAAGUCUUUUCUCGAUCUUGCUGGAAGCAAUCUUACUGGCAAAGAUUUUACUGAGGCUUUUGAUGCUGCUUGCUUCCCUCUUACUCUUUUUAGUAGUUCAUUUGAUCCUGGAUGGUCUUGUGGAGCAUCAGCUACUGCUAUUCAAGGGCUCCUCAGUAUGCUAGUAGAGGGUGGUGCUGAUAAUGUGAACCAGUGUUUUCUGGAAGCAUCUCGUUUUGGCAGCACCGAGUUAGUGCGCAUCUUGUUGCAGAUUGCACAUCAUAACAGCUUAGAUGUGGAUGUUGAUCUGGCCCUGGGUUUUGCCUCACACUACGGGAAGAUCAACACAAUGGAAUGUUUAGUAGAAGAAGGUAACGCCAUGGCUUUUUUAGGACCUCUAAUGAGAGCAGCCGAGAGAGGGUGCUUGCCAGUUGUCCAGUGGUUUGUAGGAAGAGGCUGCCAAGACAUGGAACUUUGUCUAGCACUCACUGCUGCCACCUCAAGCAGCCAAGUUGAGGUUGCCUCGUACCUUCUUCCUCAAGUGCCGCAGCACGUCCUUACUGCCCUUAGCAUCGAAAUUCUAAAGGCGGCUGGAGAAAGAAGUGGUGGGUCCCUUGAGGGAGUUGCUUUUCUUCUACGGUCAGACUUCUUAGGAGAUCCAGCUGGCACGUAUGCUGUCGCUAAUAGCAUUGCUCGGUCAGAGGACGAUUCAGUUGCCCCUGAGCUUCGUACAUUCCUCCAGAAGAAUUGGUCGGAAGAUGCAUUCACCGAAGGCCUGAUACAAGGCCAAGAACAUUUUGUGAACAUGAUAAGGAUUUUGAAACGCGGAGAAUCUCCUCUUUGCCUCGAGGAUCUUCCAUCGCCAUUGAGAGUGGCGAUUGCAUACUUGCCGUUGUAUAGAGAAUGUGUUAAGGCAGGUGGGUGUUUGUUGUCUCAGAAACUGAGAGGUCAACUGGUAGAAGCCGUGAGGAGGCUUGGGGGCGGGUUUAUGGGAGAUGCAAGCCAAUGUGAAGAGCUUUUGGCCGUUUUAGAGCACCAACUUCGACCAUUUUUGCCGAUCAUGUAUUCAACAACAUGAAAAUGAAAAUGCAGCCGGAAACAGAAGUUAAGCGGUUGGCGAUUUUAAUUUGGUUAUUUUGUUAACAUCUCGAUAGCAUAGGAGAAUAAUGAGAAGUUAGCGAAGCCAUUGAGGGUGGUGGUGAGAGAUGAGUAUAGUCGUAUAGACCCAUCAUUCCCUCCCCGAUUUGGUCAUGUUUGGUAGAUGUAUGAGCUGAUAAUGCAAGCCUUAUAAGUUGUAAUAUGUUGGUUCAUUCAUGUAUAAUACAAGAAAAAUGGCAUGCUACUUACAUGAUGUAUUACUACUAGUCUUAGCAUGGCCAUGAAGCAUCAAUCCUGAUUUGAAUCAUGUAUAUUUGGAUUUUGGAGUAGCUUUUAUAUUCAUAAAAACAAAAGAGAGUCCUGUGCCUGUGCCUGCGCCUGCGCAUCCCAAUAGUGUUCUCACCUGCAUCCGUCUGCCCGUCUUCAACUUGCUUGUAACUUGCUCUCUGUCCCAUAAAAAUUGUUAAGUUUAAUCGUUGUAAAAAAUAUUACGAUAAAUGGUAAUUUUUUGAAUUCA